CUCCUGUUUCCUCUGUGGUCUUUUUUCAAAGAGUCAGCGGUUGAUUGAGCUCAUUUCUGCUGUACAGGCUCAACAACCCCCUCACUGAGGACCAUACCAGAGGAUUGCUAUUUGAGUGCACAAAUGGACGGCGGUGGCAGGAUAAUCGAGUCUGGGAACGACCUCUUGUUUGGUCUCAGUGACUUAUAUAACAGCACUUAUGAAGUUGAUGAUGGAUGUUGUGAUGGGGGGGACGUGUGUGACCUGAACGAGGGCCGGCAAUUUGAGGCGGUGUUCAUCCCUGUUCUGUACUCAGUGGCCUUCGUUGUGGGAGUCCUUGGAAACGGGGUGCUGCUGGGAGUUCUGGCUCGGAGCCGAAAGGUAUGGAGUGUGACGGACAACUUCAUCCUCCACCUGGGUGUGGCCGAUGUCCUGCUGCUGCUGACGCUUCCCUUUUGGGCCGCACAGGCGUAUCAAGAGCACGGAUGGACCUUUGGUACCCCCCUAUGCAAGAUCACCGGAGCUGUCUUUACGAUCAAUUUCUACUGUGGGAUCUUUCUCCUUGCCUGCAUCAGUCUGGACCGGUACCUCUCCAUCGUCCACGCUACCCAGAUGUACUCCCGGAGGAAUCCUUGGGUCGUUCACAUCAGCUGUUUGGCAGUGUGGCUCUUCUCCCUGCUCCUCUCUAUCCCCGACUGGAUCUUUUUGGAGGCUGCGGUCAAUGACAGGCGAGAAAAAACAGAGUGUGUUCGCGAGUACUUCAAAUUUGGGGUGAAAGUAGGUGAAUGGCGGCUGGCAUCGCGGCUGCUCUACCACACGGUGGGCUUCCUGCUUCCUUCAGCUAUUCUGAUCUUCUGCUACUCCUGCAUCCUGCGGCAGCUUAAGUGCGGCGCCAAAGGCUCCCUCCAAAAGCAGAAAGCUUUCAGAGUCAUCGUGUCUGUAGUGGUGGUUUUCUUUAUCUGCUGGACGCCAUACAACAUCACACUGUUCGUGGACACACUUCUUUCUGACCCCACCUGUGGAGUCAGUAUGUCCCUGCAGAAAGCUAAGACAGUCACCUCCACUUUGGGUUACCUCCACUGCAGCCUCAAUCCCAUCCUGUAUGCCUUUGUGGGUGUGAAGUUCCGGCGUCAGCUCAUGGACAUCCUGAGGUCUCUAGGCUGCAAGUUGAAGAGAAAUGCCACAUUCCAAUCUGUUGGCAGCAGCAGGAGAAGUUCCAUUUGGUCAGACUCUCCUGACACUUCAAACUCCAUUGCUGUCUGAGGGAGAAGAGAGAGAGACAUCUGAUCAUAGACUCUGAGAAUUGGAUGUAGCCUCCUAUUUUGACAAGUGAUUCUAAGGCAAAAGUGCCUUAAAUCUGUAUAUUUGUUGUCAGAGACAGCAGGGUGAAACUCCACUGGUUGCAACUAGAAGCUUGGCUGCAUUGAUGCCUGUACAAAAAUCAGCCUACUUCUUACUUUUUCGAAUGAGUUUACAGUCUUAAUCGCUUGUUUCAGGUAUUCUUCAAGACAACAUCAUGAUCAUUUGGCCCCACUGACAUUAAAUCAUGGUACGCUGUAUGUUCAGGCUACGAUUAAAACAUUGCUACUUGAGGAGUGCUCUUUUCAGUGUUUGGAUGUGCUUAAAGAAGCUCCAAGGAGUCUGUUUUCAGUGUUUAUCAGUUAUUACAUUAUGUUUCAAGUCAGCUAAAUGUUUCUGUAUAAUUCUUGUGUAAAGCUGUGGCAGGCCAUGCUUCCCUUCCCCUUCCUGUAGUCCACGAUUCAUUGGCAGCUGAUCAUCAGAACAAGCACUCAUUGUACAAAAGUUAUUCUGAGGUGGUACACCUGUAUUUGUCUGAUGUAUUGUAAGGCAGAAAUGUCACAUUUCCUGUUUGUCACUGCAUUAUGGUAGCUGAAAUGUAACAUUGCAACUGCAGCUUUUUACCAAUUUUCUGAUAAAUGUUAAGAGACUUCAUUUUUUACCACUUUUUUUUUUACUGUACUGUUCAUUUAUUUGUUGGUGUACAAAUAAGUGAUGUUUUAAUAAAAUUUUAUAUCCUC